AUUUAACGACGGUGCCGAAAACUUUGAAGAUUUUGAUGUUGAACAUUUCUCUGAUGAGGAUCAAUAUGAAGACAAUGUGAAAACCGAAGCAAAUGGUGGUGAGCAAAUGAAGGAUGAAGAAGGGAGAACAAUUGUCACCGGUGGUAUGGGUCCUGAGGAUUAUAAAAAUGUUGAAACACAUAGAAGGAAAACUUUGAAAGAGAAAGCUAUUCCAAAGGAAGACAGAACCACCACACCUUACAUGACAAAGUACGAAAGAGCUAGAAUUCUUGGUACAAGAGCUUUACAAAUCUCAAUGAAUGCACCAGUGUUUGUUGAUUUGGAAGGUGAAACUGAUCCAUUGAGAAUUGCCAUGAAGGAACUGGCUGAGAAAAAAAUUCCUUUGGUUAUUAGAAGAUAUCUACCGGAUGGUUCCUUUGAAGAUUGGAGUGUGGAAGAAUUGGUUGUUGAUCUGCAAUGA